AUGACAGCUUUGAGCCAAAGGUCAGGAAUCACUCAAUUAGAGUUUCAUCAGGCGAUGAAUGACUUCAAGACUAUGUUUCCCGACAUGGAUGAGGAUGUGAUCGAAGCGGUUCUUCGGGCCAACAACGGGGCCGUCGACGCAACCAUUGACCAGUUGCUGGCCAUGAAUCUGGACUCUGAAAAUGAACGCCUCCGACAAGAGUUGGACUCGAGUGACAACAACGAAGUUCCGCCGCGUUAUUCGCCGGCCACUCCUCCGCCUUCUUACCACUCACUGCAACCACAGCCACAACCGACUCAUAUGAAUAGCAGUCCUAAUGGAAGACCACAACCCAAGGACUCGACCCAAAAGGCCACUAAUAAUGGCUCUCAAGUGUGUCCGCCAGUGAACACAUCGGAAGCCAUGCUCUCUAAGGACUCGAUGCGCUAUAAGCGUCAGUGGAAUCCUCCCAUUUUGGGACAAUUACCCCACAGUUUCCUUCGCAUUGAACCCGAUGUGAACCAACGAAAACUGUCGGCUCUGAGUCGACCGCCUCGUGAGGUGACUGUCAUUAACUCGGCAUUACUUCAACAGAAAAUGGAAGAAAAUCAAAGACAGCGUCAGAUGUCCGUCAGUGCAGACGACCCAGAAUUGGCUCAAUUUCUGGAGGACGAAAGGGUCGCUAUUUUUCUACAAAAUGAAGAGUUUGUCAGAGAAUUGCAGAAAAAUAGCGAUUUUAUGUCGACCUUAGAAUUGGAUACGAGAAGUAGUGUAGAGAGCAGUGGUUUGGGCGCAUCGGGCGGUGCAUCGCAUACUGAUUCUGACGCGGCAUUCAAGGAGACCCUGAAACAUAUGGGCAAAGUGUCGCGCCGUAAGUUCGCUCAAUUGGCGCGACUCUUCUCCCGCAGACGUCGAAGGAGUUUCCAACAGCUUCUCAACGAUGGAAGCAAUCCCUCUCUGGCUCGCGACGACCAGUACCACCAGUUCCACAAUGAGAUCUCAGAUCAUGACAGACAACUGGUGUUGAAUGUGGACGAGAGUGAGCAACAGUCGCCGCAAAACACCGACAAUAACACCAAUUCUUUGCUAAAUAACAGCACAUUUCGAACGCAUCACAAAAUAUAAUUAACUUUAAAGCGAU